AAAAGAUGGCGUAACGGCUCGGACCGCCACCAAUUGCUUGGCGUCCUCAGUUCCACGCCACGAAUCACAUUCCUUCCCUCUCUCCUUCUCUCCCCUUUCCCAUGCAGAAGUCAGAAGAUGAUGCAAAAUCCAAUUUUUACUCGAAUUUAUACUUUUUUAUUUGAUUAAUUAGACCGACCCAGAAUUUUCUUCCUUUCUCAAGUGUUGAAUUCCUUCUCAAAGUUCCAAUUUUUCCGGUUCCGAUUUCAAUGUCCAAGAAUUUUGGGAUGAGCUGAACGGGAAUCAAUCAAACCCUGGAAGCAAUCAGCCAAUCGGCAAGGGGGGCAACGCAUAGAUGGUGGGUAGCAGACAAGGCGUGCCCUCUUGGGUGAGCGCAGCUGCCGCCACAAGAGUCGACUUCGAGGCCAACGUGUCCUCCUCCUCCUCCUCUUCUGCUUCUGCUUCUGCUUCCUCAUCGUCAGACAACAACAUGUUCAGGGGAGAGUCUCCUCAGGAACAGCAGCAGCAGCAGCUUCAACAGUAUCGUCUGGCUGAUUUUAAUUUGGGGUUCGGGGAGAGGGCCCUCUCUGCCGCCGGUGCUGCCGUCCUGUCCGCCAUCAUCGUCAACCCUCUCGAUGUCGCCAAGACAAGGUUGCAAGCUCAGGCUGCUGGGGUCCCUUACAGAGGUCUUUGUUGUCCAGCCCCCUUUGACACCAGCAUGAUGCUUCCUGAUUUGAGAAGUGACCAAUUGAGGGCCCGUGCUGUUCUUGGCGCUGAAUGUGGAUGCCCUCCAGAGUGCAAUCAGUAUAAGGGAACACUGGAUGUGUUCUACAAAGUCGUUCGCCAGGAAGGGUUUGCCAGACUGUGGAGAGGCACGUAUGCGAGCUUGGCUUUGGCGGUCCCGACUGUGGGAAUCUAUUUGCCUUGCUAUGACAUCUUCCGGAAUUUGAUGGAAGAUUUUACGGCACAGAACUCUCCAAGCUUGACGCCAUAUGUCCCUCUAGCUGCGGGCUCUAUAGCACGCUCGCUAGCUUGUGUAUCUUGUUACCCUGUGGAGCUUGCAAGAACACGCAUGCAGGCAUUUAAAGAAAUGAAAAAUGGGCCAAAACCUCCAGGAGUGUGGAAGACAUUGCUUGAGGUCACUAAACCUGUGAAAAGCCUAAACAGCCCUCAAAAUUUUCUAUACUACCGGAUCCUGUGGACUGGUCUUGGAGCUCAAUUGGCUCGUGAUGUGCCAUUCUCUGCAAUAUGCUGGUCCACUCUUGAGCCGAUCAGGCGGAAACUUUUCAGUGUAUUUGGAGAUGCAGCCAGUGCAGCUAGUGUUUUUGGGGUGAAUUUCUCGGCGGGUGUUGUAGCAGGAAUGCUUGCUGCUGCUGCUACUUGUCCGCUGGAUGUUGCCAAGACGAGGCGGCAGAUAGAGAAGGAUCCUGAGAGGGCACUAUCAAUGACGACUAGGCAGACCUUGGCCGAAAUAUGGAGGGAUGGAGGAGUGAAGGGGCUAUUUGCGGGACUAAGCCCUCGUGUUGGUCGUGCUGGACCUUCUGUUGGGAUAGUGGUGUCCUUUUACGAAGUCGUGAAAUACGCUUUGCAUCAGAGACACAUCACUGGUGAUGGAAAGGGAUGAUAAUCAGUGUUUCAGUGAUGCGCCAGUUUGGGUUCUCAGAGUUUUGCUUGCUUGUCUAACGGCGUAAAAAUAAUGUUGACACAAAAAGUUUCAUACAUAGUGCAUGGAUAUUCUAACCUGCAGGUUUCAAUCGCAUCUGCUUGGGAGAUCAACUGUACAUUUAUGGAUGUAAUGUGAAAGGCCGAGAGCAAGACCAUUUCUUUUGUUCUUUCUUAAUUCUUUGGUUUAAUAGCUCAGAAAUGCCGGAAUGUGGCAGAGCUUCACAAUUGAUACGAGAAAAUAAUAGGAGCGCACUUUACCAUUUUACAGCAGCUUA